AAUACCGUAUAACCUGUUUUUUUUUAAAUUUUAUUAAACAAUAAUGUUUAAUGGAUACGAAUAAAUAAUUUAAAGAAAGACUAAGAAUUGGUGAUAUAUUUGUUUAAAAUAAUUUCAAAUUAAAUGUAGUUUGUUACAAAUAUCACUUCAAUAAAUAAAUACAAACUGUCAAAAUAAUUCUAACCUAAAAAUCGCUUCUGUAAAGUUUAAAGAAACAUGAGUACAAUUCACAAUAUUAAAACAGAAGUGGAUAUCCAACGUUUACCUGUUGAUUCGGAAGAACAUAAAUUCAAUGAUUGGAUGGUAAAAUAUAAAAAAUCUCAUAUACUUCAUUCUCAAUGUUCAACCGCGGAUCGUUGUUCCACCAGCUCGGAAAAAUGUCAAUUUUGCGUGUAUACAUCAACUUUAGAAUUACCUCAUUUACCAGAAAUGGUUUUUCCAAAUAACAUUUUGUAUCUGAUACAUUCUAGUGGGGCUGGGAUUGAAUUUAACGCCCUGGAUGCUUUAAAACAAGUUUGUAAUAAAUCGUUACCAAUUAAAGUGGCUUGUUCUGACGCUUGGAGAGGAACCAGGUCACCCUCACAUUUAGAAGAAAAAGUUAAACCGUUCGAUUGGACAUUUUCAAGUGAUUACCGAGGUACUGUUAGUGGCCCUUUCGAUAUUACUACUACAGAUGAACGAAUUAAUAUUGAAAAGUUAAAGGAAAGAGAAAAAAUUUUGUUUUACCAAGAUUUAAUGUUGUAUGAGGAUGAAUUACACGACAAUGGAAUUGCUUCAUGUACAGUUAAAAUUAGAGUUAUGCCAAGUUCUUUUUUUGUUCUUCUGCGUUAUUUUCUUAGGGUUGAUAAUGUUAUGGUGAGAGUGAAUGAUACACGAUUAUUUCACGAAUUCAGUACUAAUUAUAUUCUGAGGGAAUAUACUAAUAGGGAGAGUGGUUUUCAAGAACUUGGACUUCCUUUGCCUGUAUUUGCAGAUCCUAAUUUAAUUUCACAGCAUUUACCUUUACAAACAUCGAUUUAUGAGAAACUUGUUUUACCUAAUAAUGAAAAUGUUCAAGAAUCAAGCAGCAAAGAACAGUAAUAAGAGUUUUAAUUUAUAUAUAUAUAUUGUCUUUCAUUUAUAUAUUUUAAUCUAAUAAAAAAGGGAUUAUAUGAA